AUGUUUUGUUCUAAUGUCCCUUUCAAAAGCUUGACUGAUGAGAAAGCUGGCCAGAAUUGGGUACAAUUUCAGGGUAAUGUGUUUAAAUUCCCGGGAGGCGGGACAAUGUUUCCUCAAGGUGCUGACGCGUAUAUUAACGAGCUCGCGCGAGUUAUACCUAUUGCUGAUGGCUCGGUUCGUACUGCUCUUGAUACCGGUUGUGGAGUUGCUAGCUUGGGUGCUUAUAUGCUGAAGAGGAAUGUGCUUGCGAUGUCAUUUGCAACGAGGGAUAAUCACGAGGCGCAGGUCCAAUUCGCAUUGGCGAGAGCUGGCAUGUACUUAAUGGAAGUCGAUCGAGUCCUUAGACCCGGUGGAUACUGGGUCUUAUCUGGUCCUCCAGUCAAUUGGAAGACAUACUUUCCUACAUGGAAAAGGAUAAAAGAAGACCUGAAAGCCGAGCAGUCGAGGAUUGAAGACUUGGUUGAAUCUCUUUGCUGGGAGAAGAAGUACGAGAAAGGAGACGUUGCCAUCUGGCGGAAAGAAAUAAACGCCAAGUCUUGCAAACGAAAAUCUGCCAAUUAUUGUCAAUCUUCAUAUACUGAUGGGGAGUUGAAGAAGUUUCCAGCUAGGCUCUUUGAUGUCCCUCCUCGAAUUCUCAAUGGUGAUGUUCUUGGGGUGACAUCCGAGUCUUACGAAGAGGAUAACAAGCUUUGGAAAAAGCACAUCAGUUCUUACAAGAGAUCGGUUAGGUUACUAGGAAGCAAUAGAUUUGAGAAAUAUCAUGGACAUGAAUGCAGGGCUCGGAGGUUUUUGCAGCUGCCUUAG